AUGGAUGAUACCAGCACGACAGCACCAACCAAUAACUCCGCUGCCACGACUUCUGAAAACGAAAACGAAAACAUGCCUCGGACCAACUCGCCAGUCCCGCCAACAGCAACGUCCACAGCUCCUCCUCCCCUCCCCCCACGCCAGCCACCCCUUUCAACAACAACAGACCCUCCCGCUCCCGCUCCCACCACUCCCACACAGUACACGCUCGCCACCCUCCCACUCUACCUCCAAGACCUCUAUCGCGUGCUCCCCAUCCCCACGACCCCCACCACCCCCCUCCUCACCCUCCCUCAAAUCCACGCCCUCCCCGCACGCCCACAACAAUACGCCGCGCUCCUCCUCCGCCGGCACCACCUAACCUCGCAACUCGAGCAGGACGGUCUGCGGCCUGAGAUCCUGGUUGCGCGCGCACGGACGCAUGAGGCGUUGGCGUACCCGGAGUUGGCGGUCGGGGAUGCGUAUGUCGCGUUCACGGUGGGUGAGUAUGAGGAGGAUGGGGGUGGGGAUUUGAAGGGGGUGUGGGGGGUUGGUGGUGGUGAUGGUGAGGAGGAAGGGGAUGAGGAGGAGGUGCUGGGCAGGAGGGUGAGGAGCGUGAAGAGGAAAGCGGCCAGGGUGCUGUGUCGGUGUUUGGAGGGGUUGGGGUGUGAUGAUAGGGUGUUGGGGAGGUGGGAGGGGAUGUUGCGCGGGCUUGGGGAGGAUGAGGGUGAGGGAGACGGUGGCGUUGACGAAGAAGGGAUGGAGGAUGUGCAAGACGAGGGCUGGUGCAUAUUCGCGCCAGACGAGGUCGUGAGCAUCGACGACUCGGCGCAUUUCGGCCUCUCGCGUCGUGAAGUCUAUCCUUGGAACAGGUAUGAAGGCGAUCGCAUGAGCGAUGCUGCGCUGGCUGAGAUCAAUUCCCGUCUGAGUAUUGCGAGCGAGGGGCAACUCGAGGUCCGCAAGACGAUCCUGCCUGACCUCUACUCCAAGAAUGGUGCAAUUCCCACCUUGGAAGACCAGACCGCCGACAUGCGACUCGACAGUGAGGAGGUGCCUGCGACCAAGAAGGAGAACGCCCAGCUCGGCCUCUUUGCCACUCGAGAUCUGCCCCCCAAUACACGCAUUUUGACGGAACGCUCAGCGCUAACCGCCAUCCGCCCGCACGGCGAGAGCCUGUGUGAUGCUUGUGCCGGCGACAUCUCGCUGCUACCCGCCUCCGAGCGCCAGGCCUGUCCUGGCUGCGGUAUCCCUUUCUGCUCUCCUGAAUGCCACGACGUGGCGAUGAAGACCUACCAUGCACCCAACAUCGACGACGAGGAGACAGAGGAAGGCUACCCGCCGGCCACAGCGCCGUUCUGUCCCGGUAGCACCGGCGAGGCGGACAUUGCCAAUCUCGGACGCGCAGAGAGCAGCGACACACCCGAAUGGGACCUGUAUUUUCUGUUGGUGGUGAGGGCGCUGCAGAUGGCGGAAACGCUCGACUGCCAUCCGCUCGAGAUCUGGGAGUGUAAGUACCUUUGGGGAUCGUUCGAGGCGGGCCCAUCGUUGGGUAUGAUGGCGGCUGCAGGCAGUCCCUCUGGAGCAAAGGUGAGACUGAAACGCAGCUUGCCGUUCAGUCUCCAGCAUCACGUGGAGCUGCCGCUGCAGUGGUUUGAGCUGCUGAUGCUGAGUCGCGAGGAUAGCGCGCCGUACACGAGGAAAUGGAUAUGGAGGUAUGAUUGGUGGGUGGUGCAGACGUUGUACGCCAAAUUUCGCGGGGUGGCGGAUGCAAGAAUGAGCAGCUGGACGGGUGAGCCAGAGACGGCUGGAGUCUUUGCUCUGUGGUGCACAGCCAAUCAUAGCUGUGAGCCUGGAGUGAGGUGGGAGGGCGGUGGCAUUCGGACACUGACUGUCAGGGCAGAGCGGGUUGGGCAACCACAGGAUGGAGAGGGCGAGUGGAGGGGUCUGAAAGGAGGAGAGGAGGUUUGGAACCAUUAUACGGAUGUCGAGGAGAAGGAUUUUAAGGUGAGGAGAGACUGGUUGAGAGAGGUGUUGGGUGGUGAUUGUCGUUGCCAGAGGUGUGAGAGGGAGGAGCGAGAGGGUAGGGAGGCUCAGACCACUUGA